GGGGUCUCCACCCCCGUCAACAUAUAAAAGCCUCUCCCUGGCCUGGCCCUGGGCAAGUCAAGCUCAGCUAGCAUACCACAAUCACUACAACCAGGCCAGAUUAGACAACCAGUCCCAGACAGUAAUACGACCAGGAUACCUUACCAUAGAAUAAUGGCGCAGAGAAAGUUAACCGGACGAUGUCUGUGUGAGAAGAUUACUUACCAGGUUGAUUUACCUGCCGGUGAGCCUGAUCCUAAGAUCGUCCUCUGCCACUGCACCUCCUGCAAACGCUACACCGGUAGCAGCUUCUCCUCCAACCUCGUCCUCCCCCAACCAAGCAUGACCUACACCCAAGGCACCCCCAAGAUCCACCUCUGCCCCAGCGACAGAGAGCUCACCGUGCGCCGCGAGUUCUGCGGCGACUGCGGCACGCCGUUAACAUCUCAGCCCGGCGACAAUACGAGUAUUAUCAUUGUGAAGUGGGGGACGCUGGACGAUGAGCAUCGCGAGUGGUGUAAGACGUUGGGGGGGGAGAUUUAUUGCAGGAGGAGGGACGGGUGGCUGGGGGAGAUUGGGAGUGUGCGGGGGGUGGAGGGGAUGAUGUGAGCUCCUUCUUGUACUGUUGUUGGGUCUGAAAGAAGUGGUCUUGGGUAUGGUUGGUUGACUGAUUGAGCAAUGAUAUUGUAUCUAUUUUGAUUAUUCAAGUCCUUCUAAUUAAGCCAGUCACCUCGGGUUGAUAUUCGGCUAUGGCCCGAUU